UUUUGUGCACGGAUUUCAAAUAAGAUUCAGCAACUGGCGGACUUUCAGUUGUGGAGUAUUUAAUUUUGCAUUAGGAAGGGUCUGUCGAGAGACAGCUUUCGCGGCUGUAAGGAGGGAAUUAUUUUUGUUGAAAUUUCCCCGACCAACGAUAUCACAAAUCUAAGAAAUCUAUAUACUGCACACUGUGUGUUAACUGGAAGAAAAUUAUCAUGAAAUGCCCUUUCUACGAAGCUGCAAUGGACAACGGAAAGGACAAAAGCAUUGCUGCUGCAGAGUCGAAGGUCCUUCAGCUCAAACCUUCCCCAGUAAAAGAGCCCACCCCCAUCAAACCUCAACUUCCCUCUGCAAGAUCGACCACGGUGUUAUUCUCUAUCAAGGAUAACACCAGAGCAGUCCACAACAAGGAAAACACUGCCAGCAGGGAUCAUGAGGGGACCCUGGAUGAGGGCUUUGAGGACAGUGGCUAUCUAUCAUUGCAUAACAGUCAGAUUGAUGAUCACCAUGUGGAUGAAGAGAAUGAGCAAGUUCUGGAGAAACCCACAGCAGUGCUGUCUAAUACUGCUGUAACACGUCAAGAAAAGACUGUUUUAUUUCCCUCUAAAUGUCAAGGAAGGACUAAAUCCAGUCAGCCAGUGUCUUUGUCAGUUUCUAGUCUUGUGGAAAAGAGGACGGUGGUUCUAUCAUCCACCCCCUCCACCCAGCACAGCAGCACCACCAAUCUGCCAGUUCUGAAAUUCCAGCAGGCUGUGUGUGAUGAACUUGCAAAGAGCUACAAGAAGAAUAAGCGGUAUGACUGGAGUAUUGUCUCAAAGGUAGCAGAGGAUCAUCUUUUGGAUCGUGUGAUUGGAGGUCAGAUGGGCCUUGAAUACGUUGAUAUGCUUGCGUCUCUGCUGUCCAGGAAUAUGAGAAGCAUCCUAAUAAAGACCCUCUCCCUGCUGGGAGACAUGGACCUCAUUAGCUGUAAGAAAGUGAGUAGGACGUGGAGGAGGAUCAUCUGUGAGGAUACAGCAGCUCUGAGAAGGUGUCAGCAAGCUGAGGAGGCACUCAGGGAGUCAAGAAACUCUCUGAGACAGAGAGCUAGUGGUUUGACGAGAGAUGUGGCUGUGUCCAGGGUGGUGUUUUCUUGCAUGCAGACUCUGGCCUCCUCAAGCUCUUCACCUUCCUCAUCUGCACAAAAUGGCGGGAUCAACAGACGGACUGUUCCCUCUCAUAAAGGCAGCGCGCCCAACACACGUUUUAAUGAAUACAUGCAGGCCGCUAGAAAUCUGAAGCAGCACCAGUCUCUGCGUUCCUGCAAACGCUGCGGCUCACCAGCGACUCAUUUACCCGAGGUUCAGAGGGCCACAUGCUCCAGUUGUCUCUUUGACUUCUGCACCCGCUGUCAAGAGCCUUUUCAUGCCUCCACCCCCUGCAGAACUGUGCAGCCUCGGUCCAAUUUCUCGUCUUCCAAGACAACCUCCGUCACACCGGGAAGCACUCGCAGCAGGAGGAGCCUCAGGCGGCUGUGAUGGAGAGGAAUUCGGACUCCUUCCCUCCCAAAUUGGGUUGGGUCAUUUGUGCUUUAGUAACAUUUUCAGGCACUCAGCCUGAACUUUCGACAGCUUUCACACAAGCUCAGUUUGGAAAUGGCAUUGUGAAGAGAGGGAAAAGAAAUUAAUUUUAAUAUGUGCACAGCUAAAUUAAAUAAGGGAAGCACUUCUGGCACUGCUGGGACAGCAAUCAACCAGGAUGUGCCUUCUGGCUAAAGGUGUGUUGUUUGUGAGAAACAGAAACAUCUGAUUCCAAAAUAAAAAAAAAAAGGACUGAGACUGGACAACUUUAAAAAAUAGUUUUAUUAAGUUUUUAAAUGUGUAAAUAGUCACAAUUUUAGUAUUUUUCUUUGAAUUUUUAUAUAUAUAUAACUAUUUAAAAAUAAAAGUUUAACUCAGGAGGUCUUGUUCACAUUUACUACUUU